AUGUCGCUAACCAGUAAAGAAUUGAAUUAUUUAAUAUGGAGAUACUUACAAGAGUCAGGAUAUGAUUUAUCUGCCUAUGCCUUAGACCAACAAUCACAAUGUUCUGAAUAUGAAAAUAAUCCUACUACUCAAGAACUUAUACAGAAAAUAAAACCUGGAUGUCUUGUUAAUUUAAUUCAAAAAGGGAUAUUAUAUAUGGUUGCUGAACAAGAGGCAACUGAUUCAGCAAAUUUGUCAUUAUAUGGAGCAUUAAUACAAGACGACUUGAAAAACUUGCAAGACAAUAACUCAAGUAAUGGUAGUAAUGGUACGAGGUUUGCCUUAAAAUCAGAGAUAGAAGCAAAUGGGAAAAUAAAAGAUCCAGCAGAAACCCCCAAUGAUGAUGUUACUCAAGAUAUAGAAAUGACUGACGACAUGGACCAAGAGAUCCAUCAAAAGUCAAUCAUUGAAUUUGAAACAAAAUUACUCUUACCACAACUUACAUUUGCUCCAAGUUUGACGUGUGAUUGGCAUCCAACUAGCGAAGUGUUUGCUUAUGGAAAAGAUGAUGGUAGUGCAACAAUAAAUGCUCUCAAAGACGGCAAGAUAAUUGAAACCAGAACUUUGACUCAUCCAAAUCUUUUAAAUAUUAAAAACCAAAUUAAUAUUGUGUCUUGGUCACCUCAAGGUAAUUUACUUAUAACUUGCGGGGCAAAUAGUGAGUUAAGAGCUUGGUCACCUGAUGGAAAAUUGAAGAAUAUAGCCAGUACUAUUGCUGAUGAAGUAAUAUCAUUAGAAAGCACUACCAAAUUAACCAGUAUAAUUUCUUCAUUAUCUUGGAGCCCGACAGGGAAAUUUUUGCUAUCCAUAGAUAGUCGAAACCAAGUAUGUAUUUGGGAUGGUACGACAAUAUCCCUAAUAAAACAAAUCAAGAAUUUGGAAAUCAAUGAUGAUUCAGUGGUUUGUUUUUGUUGGUUGAGUGAAGAUAAAUUUGCCGUUACGACCAACACUAAUGGCAUUAAAAUCUAUGAUAUAUUAGCACCAUCUCAUUUUGGAAGUCAAUUAGAUGUACAUCCUAUAGGUUUAUUAAAUGGUCAUAAACACGAUAUUUCACUCAUGAAAUUGAACCCAAAGACAAAAUUAUUGGCCACAUGUUCUGAUUUUGAUUAUUCAAUAAAAGUAUGGAGUAGUUCUUCUUCUCAAGAAUGUUUGGAUUUGAAUAUCAAUCCAGAGAAAAAAUAUACUUUAAAAUUACAUUCAGCACCAAUGAUUGGAUUAAUCUGGCUACCUGAUACCAAUUCAAAUGAACGUAGCAAUUUAUUAUUAAGUGUUUCUAUGGAAGGGGCUUUAAAUAUUUGGGAUGCUCAAACCUCUGAAAGUAUCAAGAGUUCGGAAUUAUUUAAUAACAAGGAUAAUUUUACUGACGAAAUGAAGGACGUCCAUGAUACUAUCAAAGAUGUUCUAGUAUUUAACGCAGUACUAUCACCUGAUGGUAAAUAUCUUGCUUUAGGAGAUGAUUAUUGCCGAGUAACAAUAUGGGAUGUUGAUACAACUCAUUAUCUAGAUGAACCAAAAGAUUUUGUUAGAUGUAAAGCGGUUUAUAAACCAGAAUUAUCUCCUGAAGACAAAUUAAAAGCAACUAUAGGGAUUUGUGACAUGAAAUGGGAUCAUGAAUCUAAAUCAAUAUGUGUUUCCUACAAUGGUAUGGAAAGUGUAAUUAUUAAUAUAACAACAUGA